ACCUUGUCUGAAAUUAAAGAACUCUUUUUUCUUCUCUUCUCUUGUUUUUCACUCCAACUCCGGUUCUCUUUCCAGGUUAGAUAUGGCCACCACAUACGAACCAAAGAACAUCCUCAUUACUGGAGCAGCUGGCUUCAUUGCCUCCCAUGUCUGCAAUCGGCUUAUUCGAAACUACCCAGAUUACAAGAUUGUUGUUGUUGACAAGCUUGACUACUGCUCAAACUUGAAGAACAUUCUUCCUUCAAUAUCAUCCCAAAACUUCAAGUUCAUCAAGGGAGACAUUGCCACUGCUGACCUUGUCAACUACGUCCUCCUCUCUGAGUCCAUUGACACCAUCAUGCACUUUGCAGCACAAACUCACGUUGACAACUCUUUUGGCAACAGCUUCGAGUUCACAAAGAACAACAUCUAUGGCACUCAUGUCCUUCUCGAGGCUUGCAAAGUCACUGGUCAAAUCAAGAGGUUCAUCCAUGUGAGCACUGAUGAGGUUUAUGGGGAGACAGAUGAGGAUGCUGUCAUGGGAAACAUUGAGGCUUCUCAGCUCCUUCCAACAAACCCUUAUUCUGCUACUAAAGCUGGGGCAGAAAUGCUUGUCAUGGCAUAUGGGAGAUCAUAUGGAUUGCCUGUGAUCACUACUAGAGGUAACAAUGUUUAUGGGCCUAACCAAUUCCCUGAAAAGUUGAUUCCAAAAUUCAUUCUUUUGGCCAUGAAGGGACAGCCUCUACCAAUUCAUGGGGAUGGUUCUAAUGUUAGGAGCUAUCUCUACUGUGAAGAUGUUGCUGAAGCAUUUGAAACCAUUCUCCAUAGGGGCGAAGUCGGCCAUGUUUACAACAUAGGCACACAGAAAGAAAGAAGAGUGAUUGAUGUGGCUAAGGAAAUUUGCCAACUUUUCUCUUUGAACCCUGAAACCCAUAUUAAGUAUGUGGAGAAUAGGCCUUUUAAUGACCAAAGAUACUUCUUGGAUGUUCAGAAGUUGAAGACUUUGGGAUGGUUUGAACGUACUUCAUGGGAAGAGGGCCUAAAAAAGACCACAGAAUGGUAUGUCAACAAUUCUGACUGGUGGGGUGAUGUUUCUGGAGCAUUGCUUCCUCAUCCAAAAAUGCUAAUGGUGCCUGGAAUUGGAAGGAAGUGUGAUGGACCUCAUAACAGAAAUUCUGCUUCCUCUUAUGUGGCAAACAAUUCUAUUGCGAGCGGAAUGGUAGUCCGAAGUCCCCGAAGUCCAAAGAACAACCCCUCUACUCAGAGGCGAGGUCUGAAGUUUUUGAUUUAUGGUAAAACAGGUUAUCUUGGGGGUCUUCUUGGGCAACUUUGUGAGAAGCAAGGGAUACCGUUUGUGUAUGGGAAGGGGCGUUUGGAGGAACGGUCACAACUCAUGCAAGAAAUUCGGACUGUUAAACCAACUCAUGUUUUCAAUGCUGCUGGAUUGACUGGCAGGCCUAAUGCAGAUUGGUGUGAAAGUCAUAAAGUUGAGACAAUUCGGACCAAUGUGGUUGGUACAUUAAACUUGGCAGAUGUCUGCAGAGAACAUGGCCUCCUAAUGAUCAAUUAUGGAAGCGGCUGUAUUUUUGAAUUUGAUGCAGAACAUCCAAUGGGGUCAGGAAUUGGGUUUAAGGAGGAAGAGAAGCCUAAUUACACUGGUUCUUUCUAUUCUAAAUCCAAAGCUGUGGCUGAAGAUCUUUUGAAUGAAUAUGACAAUGUUUGCACCCUCAGAGCCCGAAUGCCAAUAUCCUCCAAUCUGAGCCACCCCCGGAACUUUGUCCGAAAGAUUACACAAUAUGAGAAAGUAGUUGACAUUCCAAACAGCAUGACUGUGUUGGAUGAGCUGCUGCCCAUGUCAAUUGAGUUGGCCAAAAGGAACCACAGGGGCAUUUGGAACUUCACAAACCCUGGUGUUGUGAGUCAUAAUGAGGUUCUGGAGCUGUACAAGAACUAUAUUGACCCUAAUUUCAAGUGGGUUAACUUUACAUUGGAAGAACAGGCCAAAGUUCUGGUUGCACCUCGAAGCAACAAUGAAAUGGAUGCAUCUAAGUUGAAGAAAGAAUUCCCUGAGCUGUUGUCAAUCAAGGAUUCCCUGAUUAAAUACAUCUUUGAACCCAACAAGAAAAGCAUUGCCGGUGCAGUGUCAAAAUAAGCAUUUCAUGAUCCUCGGCCGAUGGACAGAUCCAACAGAUUUUGGUUUACUUUCUUCUUGUUUACAUAUAGCCAUAUUUCAUUACCUUUCACUUGUAGCAGUUUCUUUUUGUUGUUAUUUGCGGGAAUAAUUCCACUCGGUGGUAUUGCUUGUUUAGUUUGACUAUUGUUAGGAGCUUCUUGAGACAGCUUCAGUAUAUCUAAAUGUACUGUC